AUAAUGGUAGUGUGUAGGAGAAAAAGGGGAGGGAAUGACUAAAGACGCGCACUUGCAGCUGAUGUAACAUGAAAAAAGCUGUGAUCACAAUGAAGUGAAGGUUUUUAAAAAGAGAGAGGGAAGAGGAGAGCAGUCUCUUCCUGUGUUCUGAACAAGAUCGUGUGCAUCUACAUUUCCUGAUUUGCAUCCUUCAAACCUCCAUCAUGUCGCUGUUGACUCACGUUUUGGCGUGUCUGUUUGGGAUGGGCUCUUGGGUGGCCAUCAACGGGAUGUGGGUGGAACUCCCCCUGAUCGUACCUGGGAUCCCAGAGGGCUGGUACCUCCCCUCCUACCUCACAGUCCUCAUCCAGAUGGCCAACAUAGGUCCCCUCUUCAUCACCCUGAUGCACCGCUUCCGCCCAGGGAAACUGGACGAGCGGCCGGUCAUCUACUCCAUCGUGGUGUUGGGGAUCAUCGCUACAUUCCUGCUGGCUUUCUUCUGGAAGCACAGGGUGACAGUAGGAGGCUUACCGCAUAGUGUGCCACUGCUGGUGUUAAGCUUCCUGCUUUCAGUGGUAGACUGCACCUCCUCCGUCACCUUCCUGCCUUUCAUGAUGCGGCUGCGUCCCCAGUACCUCACUACAUACUUUGCAGGUGAAGGACUCAGUGGUCUGGUGCCUGCACUGGUUGCUCUGAUUCAAGGUGUUGGUGUAGUACACUGUCAGAAUGCCACUUUGUCUGAUCCAUUAAAUAAAACACUUGAGAAUUCCACUAUGGCUGGCAGUGCAGAGCUAAAAGCUGUCUACCAGCCAGCUAAUUUCUCUGCCCAGGUCUUCUUCCUGUUCCUCAGCGCCAUGAUGGUUGUGUGUCUGGUAGCAUUCAUCCUACUCAACCGUCACCCAGCUGUGGCUCGGGAGAGAAAAAAUGACCUGUAUUUCAGAAGUGAUCUGGCUUCGGAGAAGAGAGAGCAAGGUGUGUCUCUGCAUGCCCACACACCAGAGCAGAAACCUAUGAUCUGUCCCUUGGACAGGAGUGAACCUCGCAGCUCUUUUGGCACGGGGACGUACAGCAACCUCCAGGUGAUGUUCAUCUUUGUUGUGUUGGCGUGGGUGAAUGCUCUGACCAAUGCAGUGCUGCCAUCAGUGCAGUCUUACUCCUGUCUGCCUUACGGGAAUCAGGCCUACCACCUAGCUGCCACUAUGGCAGCUGUUGCCAACCCAUUGGCUUGCUUCAUCGCAAUGUUUAUACCAAUAAGGUCUCUCAUCUUCAUGGGUUUCCUGACCAUGUUUGGGACUGGAUUUGGAGCCUACAUCAUGGCCAUGGCUGCUAUGAGUCCCUGUCCCCUGCUGGUCCACAGCCCUACUGGAACCGUCAUCAUAGUGCUGACCUGGAUCCUGUUUGUCCUGUCCUUGUCCUAUGUGAAGGUCAUCAUUGGAGUGAUUCUGAGAGAUGAGGGCCGUAGUGCCCUUGUGUGGUGUGGAGCAGUAGUGCAGUUGGGCUCCAUGCUUGGUGCUCUAUCCAUGUUCCCAUUGGUCAGUGUCUAUGGACUUUUCAAGUCAGGUGAUGCUUGUAACACCAAGUGUCCAAUGUAGUGAGUAAAUAUAUUUAAGUGAAAAACACUGCUGUACAAAACUGAAACAUGAAUUGCACUUAUAUUAGUAUUAGCACUGAACUUACUGCAGUCAUGAGCUUUACAUAUUCCACCUGUUACAGAGAGAUCAUAGGUGUUUAUCUCCCACUGUAUACUUUUUUGUUGUUUUUGUUUUAUGCCACUGUAUCAUUAUUAUUAUUAUUAUGUCUCAAACCAUACAAAGACCAGGCAUAAAUAUUGUUUUAUUGCUGGGCGUUUUUUCAAUUCCUUCUCAAUUAGGAAGUCAAAACCAUGUUACUUGAACAGGUGCAGUCUGUAGAAUUUAGUGACAUCUAGUGGAACAGACCUUGCAGAAAUGUAAUAUAUAUUCAUAAAUGUGUUUCCAUUAGUGUACAAUUCCACAAACAUAAGAAACAUUUUGUUUUCGUUAUCUUAGAAUGAGCCCAUUAUAUCUACAUAGGGACCAGGGCCUCUUCAUGUAGCCCACUAUGUUGCACCGUCAUGUUUCUAUAGUAGCCCAGCACUGAAAACCAAACACUGGCUCUAGAGAGGGCCUUUCAUGUUUUUCGUGAGUUUCGUGCCGACUAUAGGUUGUCCUACAUGCCUGCCUGGAAAUUGGGGAGAGUUAGUUGGUUGCAAUCUUUAAACUCAUCACUAGAUGUCACUAAAUCUCACACACAAAAAUGUGAAAGCACUACAUUUGUUAUUGAUUUUGAUUUUUUUUUUUUUUUUUUUUUUUAAAUGAUGUGGUAUUUGGCCUUAAAACGUGCCUUAAUUUAAAACUCAGAAAGAUUAGUGCUUGGUUUGAGCACAUGGUUGUUCGGCAUUAUAACCUGCUUUGUAAAUGUCAUUAGUGUGUAGAAAGUGUUAAACAAUACCAAAUUAAAAACUUGGUUUAUUGCUGGAAAUCAUCCAAUAUAUACUCCUUAUUCUAACCCUGACAGCAGAAGGUAUUAUGCCAUAUAUUAAAUGAGUGAAGAGGGCAGAAA